CCCAGGAAAGGCCGCGGCCGCCCCGGCCAGGCCCCGUCGGGCCCCGCGUGGGGAGGCGGUGCCGCGCAGCCAUGGCGGAGCGGGAGGGCCCCGGGAGCCCUCGGCGGGAGCCCUCGGCGGGCGGGCGGAAGAUGUCCCUGCAGAGAUGCGAAACAUGUAGUGAAGAGGAAGCUAAGUACAGAUGUCCACGGUGCAUGAAAUAUUCGUGCAGUCUACUGUGUGUAAAAAAGCAUAAGCUUGUGCUGAGCUGUAAUGGAGUCAGGGAUAAAACAGCGUUUGUCUCUGUAGAUAAUUUUACUGACUUGAACCUUUUGAGCGAUUAUCGUUUCCUGGAAGAUGUAGGAAGGACAGCUGAUGCUGCUGCUCGAUAUCCUACUGUGCAUAGUCCAGCAACAAAAAAACUUUUAUACUGCUUGAGAAACAAAGCUCGAAGGUGUAAUAUUGACCUGAAAACAUUGCCCGUUGGAUUUACAAAAAGAAGAGAAAAUUCAACAACCUUCAAUUUCAUGGAGAAGAAGUUCUACUGGCAUUUGAAGCUCGUAUUUCCUCACUGUCAUGCUGAAUACACUUUAAAAGGGGUUCCUGAUGAUAAAACUCUCGCUGAUAUCCUUAAGCCUUACAUUGACCCAGUGGAGUCAGAUCCUGUAGUUUGUCAAAGAUUAAAAAUCUAUACAGCGUCUCCUCGGUCAGAUGUACAAAUUUUAAUGAAAGUAGAAAACAGGAAACAAAACUCUGUCAGGUACAAUGAACUGGAUGCCAGUAGAAGCCUCCUAGACAAUUUGAAAGGCAAAGUAAUAAUUGAGUAUCCAACGUUAUUUGUGGUCUUGAAAACACUGAAGAAGGACAUGGUGGUUCUUGGCCAAGAUGCCAGUGAAUCUGCAGAGAACUCGGACAGUGAAAGUUCAUCCCUUUCAUCUAUGGAAGAAGGGGAGAUUCGGGACAGUUCAUGACGGUUCUUUGGGAGAAGAGGGUGGAAAGAGCCUUUUUAUUUUUUUUUAUUAAUUAAAUCCUUUUUUAUACAACUGA